AAAUAAAUAAAUAAAAUUUGUUUUUUUUCACAAACGUGCCUGGCCUAAAUCCCCCUCGUCUCUCCCGCCGAACCACGGUCAGGUCCAUUAGCGAUCAAUGGGAGCUCUCCUUCCUCCAAGCUCCACUGGCAACUCCUCCUCCCAGUCCAAGCGCCGACCAAAGCUCGAGAACGACGGCCCAUUUUACAUUGUUUGAGCAGCCAUUUUUCCCAAACAGUAGAGAAAAGAUGGUUCUUGCGGCAAUUCCUCAUUUCUUCGGUUCAAUAACAAUGUGCCCUAGUCGCAAACAUUCAAAGAGCGAUCGCCCGUCUCCCUUCAACAAGUUCUGCGCGAGAUUAAACCAUGCUUUGGAUACCAAAGCCACGGAAGCCAUCUUAAUGACUGGCGAAAGAAGAAGAGUGUGCGAAUGCUUUGAUCUGCACAAGGAGCUUGUCCCAUAUAGAGAGGCGUGGUCUUGGCAGAAGUCUGUCGUUCAGGAAAAGAAAACUCUUAUUGAGAGGAAUGAAGAUUGUUCCGACUCGCUUAUGGUUCUACAGCAUCACCCUGUUUAUACAAUGGGUACAGGUAGUUCGGAAGAGUUUUUGAAUUUUGACAUGAAGAAUGCUCUCUAUGAUGUUUACCGAACAGAACGUGGUGGGGAAGUUACGUAUCAUGGUCCUGGCCAGCUAGUUAUGUAUCCUAUUAUCAAUCUCCGAAACCAUGAGAUGGAUCUUCAUUGGUACCUCAGGGCACUUGAGGAGGUGGUCAUUCGUGUCCUAUCUGCAGCAUUUUCUAUCAAGGCCUCCCGUCUUGAGGGUUUUACAGGUGUUUGGGUUGGAGAUCAGAAAGUAGCAGCAAUUGGAAUACGGGUUUCCCAUUGGAUAGCUUAUCAUGGCUUAGCACUGAAUGUCAGCACAGAUCUGGGACCCUUUCAACGGAUUGUUCCUUGUGGGAUAAGGAAUGGUCGAGUUGGAAGCAUAAAGGGACUUUUAGGAGAAUUUGAGUCAUCCAGCAGGUGUGAUAUUGCAGGGGCUGAUUGUGAAUUGAUUGACAUCACACACAAAUCUUUGAUGGAGGAGUUUUCAGAAGUUUUCCAACUUGAACUCAACUGCAAAUCAAUUUUUCCAAUGGAGAACCAUCAAGCUUGCCUACUGGGAAAAUAGUUUUCUCACAAGAGACCCCUCAAGCUUGCCUACUUGGAAGAGAGCAGUUUAGGUGAGCAAUUGAAGACAGCCGACAGCGUGUAUGAACUACUUUUUGGCUGGAAGUAUAUCUGCAUACUGCCCAGACUGAGUUAUUUAUUCUCGCUUUUGUCUAUGAAGUGGGACUGAAAAAUAAACGAAAGUACAGUCUGGGAGGCUUGUAUUUGUAUCACCAUGUAUCCUGUGCUUAUAUUAUAGUUUUGUUUUAUUAUUUCAUUUAUCUUUUGGAAAAUUUGAAAUUCUUCUCUAGUAAGCAAAAUGAAUUUAUUCCCCUAUAUUGUAUUCCCAAUAUUCUGGACAAGAAAAAAUUUGGUAAGCAGCAGAAAGGGUUUUCUUGGAUUAA